CACUCAUGAGUGAUUUCUAAAUGACACUUUUUUAUUUUACGAAUUUACAUCAAUCAUCAAUUUCCGUGUGUUCUAGUUUCUGAAAUUCUGUUUACUUAUUCAGCAAUUUUUCACAUAUUUUUUAGGCACAAUGGAUGAAAACAGUGAUUUCGAACCUUUAGAACCCUCAUUACGGAACGUAAUAGAACAGAAAUCUCUGCGAUGGAUUUUUGUUGGAGGAAAAGGCGGCGUAGGCAAAACUACAUGCAGCUGCAGCCUUGCUAUUCAACUCUCUAAAGUACGAGAAUCGGUACUUAUAAUAUCGACAGAUCCUGCUCAUAAUAUUUCAGAUGCGUUCGAUCAGAAAUUUUCUAAAGUACCUACAAAAGUCAAAGGGUUUGACAAUUUAUUUGCAAUGGAAAUUGAUCCCAAUGUGGGAUUAACAGAAUUGCCAGAAGAAUAUUUUGAAGGGGAGACAGAAGCUAUGAGGCUUGGUAAAGGUGUUAUGCAGGAAAUAGUUGGUGCAUUCCCUGGCAUUGAUGAGGCUAUGAGCUAUGCUGAAGUUAUGAAGCUAGUAAAAGGAAUGAAUUUUAGUGCAGUAGUUUUUGACACAGCUCCCACUGGACACACUCUCCGUUUGUUAUCAUUCCCUCAGGUUGUUGAGAAGGGUCUUGGUAAAUUAAUGCGCCUUAAAUCAAAGGUGGCGCCAUUUAUUAAUCAAGUAGCAACACUCUUUGGACUGGCAGAAUUUAACUCGGAUAUGUUCAGCAACAAAAUGGAUGAGAUGUUAUCUGUUAUAACACAAGUAAACACACAGUUCAAAGAUCCCAACCAGACAACAUUUGUAUGUGUUUGCAUUGCUGAAUUUCUUUCCCUAUAUGAAACUGAAAGACUUGUACAAGAACUAACAAGGUGUGGAAUAGACACACAUAACAUAAUUGUUAAUCAAUUGUUGUUGCACACAUCAGCCCCAUGCGAACUCUGUGCAGCAAGACACAAAGUUCAGGAGAAAUAUUUAGAGCAAAUAGCAGAUUUGUAUGAAGACUUUCACGUAACUAAGUUGCCGCUGUUGGACAGAGAAGUACGGGGAGCUGCUGCUGUUAAUGCAUUUUCAGAGUAUUUACUCAAACCAUAUGUUCCACCGACACCUACAACAACAUGAUUACUAUAUCAUAUAUUGGGUGGGGGAAUAUUAGCAUCCACAGAUUUAUACAUUUUACUAAGUAGAAUGAUAAAAUUGAUCUAGAACAAAAUUGUUUUAUUAUACAGUUAGUAAACGAUUCUAUGACAAUUUAGUUAACCUCUGAUUAAAAUGUAUGUCUUAAGUGGAUGUCAUAUAAAAUAUAUUCACACUGUAAUUUUUAUUUAUUUUAUAAAAUUGGUUUGAGAAUAUUGUAAAUAAAACUGCAGCAAUUUAAUUUAAUAUUAAUAUUGGGAAAACUUAUAUUUUGUUUGUAUAAAAGCACUAAUUUAGAAUUUUUUAGAAAAAAUUCUGUUUGAAUAUGCUUCUACACUAUUAGCCUAAAGUAUUAUAUAGUUUUGACGAAUAUGCAAUAUUUGUCUUAUUUACCA